AUCCCAGUCAGCGAUAGGCGCGCCAUCACCAGCGAUGCUGCGUUACCAGAGUGUGGGUGUGCUGCUGUUGGCGGCGCUGGCCGCCCCCGCCCCCGCCCCCGCCCCGGACGGAGCCUCGUACGGCGCUCCGCCGCCGCUGGGCGGGGGUCGGCCGGCGGGAGGGUUCGGUGGAGCGGCGGGAGCGUUUGGUGGAGCGGCGGGAGGCUUUGGUGGAACGACAGGUGGCUACGAUGGAGCGGCGGCAGGGUUCAGCGGAGCGACAGCCGGGUUCGGUGGAGGAGCAGCAGGGUUCGGUAACGGUCUUGGUGGCGGCGGCGCCUCCGGCGGCCGGCGCGGUGCCCUGCGGGAGCCUGUGGGACCGGGACUGCGGCCCGACGGCCUGCCCAUCGGGCCCGGCAUGCCCUACAGCUUCAGCUGGGCCGUCGACGAGCCCGACUACGGCAACCAGUACGGCCACGAGGAGGAGAGCGACGGCGUGGUGACGCAGGGCCAGUACCGCGUGCUGCUGCCCGACGGACGCACCCAGAUCGUCACCUACUCGGUGGAGGGCGACAGCGGCUUCCAGGCGCAGGUCACCUACGAGGGCGAGGCGCAGUUCCCGCCGGCCGGCCAGCUGGGCGGUCCCGGCGUCGCCGGCGUGCCCGGCGGCCCCGGUGUGCCGGGGGCUCCUGUCGGCCCUGCCCUGCCCGGUGUGCCGGGGGCUUCGGGCGGGGCAGGGGUGGUGGGUUCGGCGUCUGGCCUCGGCCGGCCCAGCACUAGCUACGGCUUCUAACUGGCGCACAUGGGCCCUGGCUGAUCUGUAGUGCCUCGGCACUGCAGCAUUUGCACGUUAUUCUGUAACUAUAUACGGGAACGCCUGGUAUGUGUGUUGUGGAUAGUUUCGGGUGCUCUGAUAUCUGACUUAUUCCGAUGACGGCGAGUUUUAUGAGUUUAUUUAUGAUGUGAUAGACUACCAAAGACAAAUGCAUGAAAUACACACAAUAUUAUGA